AUGGCGACAGUGAGCGUCUCCUACUUAUGGAUUGCGCUCGAGGUCGAGGCGGAGAAGCGCGCCAAGGGCAAGAAGGGCAAGAAGAAGAAGAAGGGCGGAGAGGCGGGCGCGGCUGGGCCGUCGCAGGAGGCGGAGGUGGGUGCCGAGGCGCCGUCGGAGGCAGCCGAGGCCGCAAAGAAGGCCGAGGAGGAGAGAAUGAUCAGGCUUCUCGAGAAGUGUCACGAGGAGCGGAUCCGGUUCGGCAUCACGGCGGCGAGCCAGGCGGCGGCGUCGGCAGAGGUGGCGCAGGCUGUGCGAUUGGACGCUGAGGCGGACGAGGCGGAGGAGGAGGCGGAGGCGGACAAGGCGGAGGAGGUGGCUGCCGUGGCGGCGCUGGCGGCUGCCGAGGUGGCGAGGGCGGAGGCCAGGGCGGCGCAUGCGGAGGCCAGGGCGGCGCAUGGAGAGGCCAAGGCUGCGUUUGAGAAAAUCAAGGCGUCGCUGGAGGAGGCGGCGGCGGCACUGAGCGCGACCGGGUCGGCGCUGGAGGGGAGCGAGACGGCGCUGGAGGGGAGCGAGACAGCGCUCGAGGAGGCGGCGGCUGCUGCGGAGGCGAGAGGUGCCGCUGCGGCCGCGUCGAUGGCCAGGGCGGUUGCAGCCAGGGUUGCGGCGGAUGCGGCCCAGGAGCGCUCAUAG